CGUUUAGGGUUGUUUGCUUAUUUUGCUUAUUCUGUCUAGUUUGAUUGAUUUGUUGUAAUUGCAUUGUUUACAUCAUUUGUUUCCUUUUGCCCCGGGCUGCAGACUAACCGCAUUAGGACGAAGAGCUCUUCCACUUCCACCGCGUCGCUUCGUUUUGAUUUUGAAGACCUUCUCUUCAUUUCUCAUUCGUCGUUUCUUCUUUAGUUGUGCUUUUUUGAUACCCCCUUAUCUUUCUAUUCGUUUGUGUUUCCAGUCCUGAUUUGAUUUUGUAUUAAAAAAAAGACAAAAGGAGGACCAAAAAAGCAAGAGAAAAGGGUCACAAAAUGUCGCUCUUCGGUUCCGUCGGCGCUACGGCGACAUCAGCAGCUCAGACCAACACCACCGGCGACAUCUCUAAGGAUGUCGCGCUCAACUCUCCUCCCGAGGACAGUAUAUCCGAUCUUCGAUUCUCCCCCGCCAGCGAACACCUUGCCGUCGCGUCCUGGGACAAGAAGGUCCGCAUCUAUGAGAUCAACGAGCAGGGACAAAGUGAAGGAAAGGCGCUUUUUGAGCAUGAAGCUCCCGUCUUGAGCUGUUGCUGGUCUCCGGAUGGGACUAAAGUCGUCGGGGCUGGUGCCGAUAAAGCUGCCCGGAUGCUCGACCUUGCUGCCGGCGCUACGACUCCCGUGCAGGUCGCUGCUCACGAUGCUCCGAUUCGAUGCUGUGAUAUGAUUCCAAACCCCGCAGGAAACUCCCCCCUUCUCAUCACGGGUUCGUGGGAUAAAACAGUCAAAUACUGGGACCUGCGGCAGUCCACCCCCAUCGCCUCGCUCGAGUGUCAGGAGCGAGUGUACACCAUGGAUGUGAAGAAUAAACUCCUCGUUAUCGGUACAGCGGACCGGUACAUCAACAUUGUCAACCUCGAUAGCCCCACCAAAUUCUACAAAACCAUGCAGUCUCCCCUCAAGUGGCAGACGCGGACAGUCAACUGUUUCAUUGAUUCCACUGGGUUUGCCGUUGGUAGCAUCGAGGGUCGCUGUGCCAUCCAGUAUGUCGAGGAGAAGGACUCGAGCUCCAAUUUCAGCUUCAAAUGCCACCGUGAGACCCCGCCCAACCAACGCGACAUCAACAACAUCUAUUCCCUCAACUCUAUCACCUUCCAUCCUGUUCACGGUACCUUUAGCACCGCCGGUAGUGACGGUACCUUCCACUUCUGGGACAAGGAUGCCAAACAUCGUCUGAAGGGGUAUCCGUCCGUCGGGGGAACAAUUUCUAGCACCGCUUUCAACCGCACUGGAAAUAUCUUUGCAUACGCUGUCAGCUACGAUUGGAGUAAGGGUUACUCUGCCAACACCCAACAAUUGCCCAACAAGGUGAUGCUUCAUCCUGUUGCGCCAGAAGAAGUGAAGCCUCGAGCGGGAGCGAGAAAGAGGUGAUUGAGUGAUAGAUGGAUUGGUUUAUGGUAUGAAUAGUUUUAUUUCAUGUUAUCUUUUAUUAUGUUUGGGAAUGCAUACAACGAGCGAAAUCAGUAUAGGCAAUUUGCCUUUUUCAUUUUAAUUGCUUCUUCCAAUGGAAAAACACAUUUGUUUGCCAGGAGUCCUACGUUACGGGUGUCGGAAGAUAAUGGACAGGAGAGAAUUCUGGCAUGGAAGCACCCUCCUUGAGGCUGAAUAAUGAAUGUACUUGGGGGCGGCUUUUGGUUAGCAUUAGUGUAGUAAUAGUUCUUAGCUAGGGCUAGAGUAGGGAUAAAAUUCAAUAUAAAAUCAC